GAUGGCUGUACGUGGCCAAUGACCCAGUGGGUAUUUGUCGCCGGCAAGAAAUAUUGUUCCCGUUUGUUACAUUGUUUCAUUGUAACAAGUCAGUGAUUACUUGUUACAUUGUAAUCAUUGCUCAACCUGGCAGAAGACAAAUUGCAGAAUGACUUCCUUGGAAGCUAAUAAUGCUGACAGCACGUUGGUUCUCAGUACACCACCCUCUGUCAAUGCGAAAAACAGGAAAUAUUCUCCCGUUAUAUUGGAAGAGCAAGAAAGGAAAGCAUUAGAUGUGAAGAAGAUUGCAGUGAAAAAGCUGAAGAAGUGCUGUUCUUGCACCCCAACAAAGGCAAAAGACUUUUUUGUUGAUCUCUUUCCUGUUAUACGAUGGUUUCCAAAGUACAAAUGGAAAGAAUGGAUUUUGGGUGAUAUUAUGUCUGGACUGAUUGUGGGCAUCCUACUUGUCCCUCAGUCAAUAGCCUAUUCAUUGCUUGCAGGGCAGGAACCAAUAUAUGGGCUUUACACAUCAUUCUUUGCCUGCAUCAUCUACUUUCUGAUGGGAACAUCAAGGCAUAUUUCAGUUGGUAUCUUUGGUGUGCUUUGCUUAAUGAUUGGCCAGGUUGUGGAUCGAGAAGUUCAGUACUUUGGGUUUGACCUCAAUGAUGUUAAUAAAACUGCCCAAUCAGAAAUGUUUAACCAGUCCACAGAUUUUUGUGACAGAAGUUGUUUUGCCAUUCGCGUUGGCUCCACUUUGACAUUUAUGGCUGGAGUCUAUCAGAUUGCCAUGGGCAUCUUCCAAGUGGGCUUUAUAUCAGUGUACUUGUCUGAUUCCUUACUUAGUGGAUUUGCCACUGGAGCAUCAUUCACCAUACUUACGUCACAAGUAAAAUACCUUCUUGGGAUCAGCAUUCCACGUGCCCAUGGUCCUGGUUCACUUGUGCAAACCUGGGUGUACAUUUUUAAAAAUAUCCAUAGAACUAACGUCUGUGAUGUCAUAACCAGUGCAUUAUGCCUUCUUGUUCUAGUGCCUUUAAAAGAAAUAAAUGAAUGUUAUAAAUCAAAGUUAAAAGCACCAAUUCCAGGUGAGCUUCUGGUUGUAGUUGUUGCUACCUUGGUCUCUCAUUAUGGGCAUUUGAAUGAGAAGUAUAAUUCAACUAUUGCCGGAAACAUUCCCACUGGAUUCAUGGUUCCCACCUCUCCAGACUGGAGCUUGAUACCUCGAGUCGCUGCAGAUGCCCUUCCAAUUGCUAUCAUUGGGUUUGCAAUUACUGUUUCUCUUUCAGAAAUGUUUGCCAAGAAGCAUGGGUAUACUGUUAGAGCCAAUCAAGAAAUGUUUGCUAUCGGCACCUGUAACAUUAUUCCAGCAUUUUUUCAUUGCUUCACAACCAGUGCUGCCCUGGCAAAAACUCUUGUGAAAGAGUCCACAGGUUGCAAGACACAAUUAUCAAGUAUAGUGACUGCUUUAGUGCUUCUCCUUGUGCUACUUGUGAUUGCACCUCUUUUCUACUCCCUUCAGAAAUGUGUCUUGGGUGUCAUAACUAUUGUAAAUCUUCGGGGUGCUUUAAGAAAAUUCAUUGACUUGCCCAGAAUGUGGAAAGUGAACAAGGUGGACACUGUCAUAUGGUUUGUCACAAUGCUAUCAUCGGCCUUAAUCAGCACAGAAAUAGGACUGUUGAUUGGGGUUAGCUUUUCUGUGAUCUGUGUCAUUGUGCGAACACAAGUACCAAGAGCCACUACACUUGGCCAUCUAGAGGGAACAGACAUUUAUGAAGACUUAGGACGAUAUAAAAAUCUUCAAAAUUUGACUGGUAUCAAAAUAUUUAGAUUUGAGGCUCCAUUGUACUAUGCAAACAAAGAAUUCUUCAAGAGGUCCCUGUACAAACGCACUGGAGUUGACCCCACUCUAAUAAUUGUAGCAAAGAAGAAAGCAGAAAGGAAAGUAAGUCGGGAAUUGGAGCACAAAGUGACAGAAAAUUCUGGUACUUCCAUCAAGACCGAAGUCACGGUGCAACUUUCCAAGCAAGAGUUUGAAUUCCAUACAAUUAUCAUUGAUUGCUCAGUUAUUCAGUUCUUGGAUACUGCAGGUAUAGCUGCAGUGAAGGAAGUCUUUAAAGAUUAUAAACAAAUUGGAAUCUCAAUUCUCCUGUCAAAUUGUAAUGCCUGUGUUAUUGAUAGCCUUCGCAAAGGAGGCUAUUUCGAAAAUGGUAACAUCCACAGUCUGGUAUUUUACAGUAUUCAUGAUGCUGUCAUGUUUGCAUCGAACGUACACCAAAAGAAUGGUGACUGGGAAGCAAACACCUUCUGUUAAUGUUCGACUAUGACCAAAUACAAGAAAACUGCUCUUCAUUGUUAGCUUGAGAAACUUGAAUAUGUUGAUUCAAAGAACACUGAAAUAAUUUCUCCAUUUUAACUAAAUUACUUUGUUUUGACGUAUGUUUCUGUAUAUUUCUAAUCAUGUUGCAAUAUUGUGAGAUGGAUUAGGACCUGUAGAGUUUUUUUAAGCAAUGAUAUUUGAUAAAUCUUUUUUUAAAUGUUUUUGAGAGGAGAGAGAGGCUCCUGCUUAAAUAUGUAAUGCAGAGGAAGUUAAUUUUUCAAUAGGUUGUUAUAGAUUUAAAAAAUAAAUGUGUAGACUCAGUUGUGAAAUUACUCUUGCAAAAAUGUAUCUGAAAAAAUUCUUCUAGCAGUAAUUAAUGGAUCUGUUUUUUUAGCUGGUUAAAGGUAGAAUACUGAUUUUAAAAUGUAUUUCAUUUUAUA